CAGCGCACACUUGGCGACAGCUGCACUCUCGGAAAGGAGAGAGAUUUGGUGGUCAUGACACUCCGAAAGAAUCUGGUCGUGCUCGCGGUGUUUCACAUCCUUUCUUGGCAAGCAUGGGCGAAGGUGGAAGUGAGCAUGGAAGACAGGGUGGAGGUGUACCAAGGUGACAUGGUCGACAUCCCGUGCAUGUACACACUAAGUCAGAAAUCCAAUGAUGUGGUUGUCCAGUGGUUUGUGAAGCACACUGGGAACAAAAAGCAGAUCUUUUAUGGUGAUGACCACACGGAGACUGUGGAACCGGACACUAGCUUCCAUGGACGAAUCAAUGUCACUCACCAUCUGGUGGGUAAGAAGGGAACAUCAAUUUUGUCCAUACCUGAGGUACAGCUGAGUGACGAGAGGACGUUCUACUGCUCUAUUAAGGCCUCAGAUUUGGGGAGUGCAGAGGGACACACUCGACUCUUGGUGUUCAAGUCACCUGAGGUUCCCAGCAUUGAGCCAGUGUAUGGUGGAAUCCCUGUCAGCAAUCUUGGCCAUUCGAAGAUUGCAACCUGCAAAGUGAAUAAUGGCUAUCCUCAUCCUAACAUCACAUGGUACAGGGACAGGACUCCACUUCAACAAGAAGAUGAGAAUGUGAAAGUUAUGGAAAGAGAAACUAUACACCCCAGUGGCCUGAUCUCUGUAGAGAGUGAUCUGCAUCUCAGAGUGAUUAAGGAAUACAAGGAUUCCAAAUUCUACUGUGAGGUCAGCUACUUUGUCCCUGCGGGACUGAAGAUGACUGAGUCUGACCGCAUCAAUAUUACAGUCCACUACGCGUCCACAAAGGUGACGUUGGAGAAGGAGUAUCCCAAGGGCCUUGUCAAAGAAGGGGACAAUGUCACACUCCGCUGCCGGGGGGAUGGAAACCCUCAGCCGCCAUUUACUUUCACAUUUAAAGGAGAGGACAUAGAGGCAGAACUGGAUAUGCUGAUCCUGGCUAAUGUAACCCAGUUAAAUAAUGGCACGUACCAGUGCAAGUCUCUGGACGUGGACACAUAUGAAGAAUUUGAAGAUUCCAUGGAACUUGUCGUGAACUUUCUUCAACCUGCUGAGGUCAGAAGAAUAUCUGACGAUCACUCCUCGGUCCUGCUUCUGGGAGAAGACUUAGAACUGAUCUGCACAGCAUUUUCCACGUUGCCUACUCGUACUGUGUGGAGUAAGGAUGGGAAACAAAUAGGGGAGGGGGAUAAACUGUUGAUGGAAAAUGGCACCUAUGAAAUGGCUGGCACGUACGUGUGUAAAGUGACAGUGCCCUCUCUGCCUGAGCUACAGGAACAGGACUCUAUACAAAUAGAUGUGCAUGGGAGUCCAGAUAUGGUCCAGCCAGUGAUGGUGAUUUCAGAGGACAAUGCUGAGAGGUCAGUGAACCUCAGUUGCUAUGCUAGAGGCUUCCCUGUCCCAUUCAUCAACUGGACCUUCUCAAACCCAGAGAGUUUCCAGGCGGUGUCAGAGACAUUGACAGAAACGAACGUUUACAGUGUGGUGACAGUAAAAGCCAUCUCAGACGUCAAUGUUUCCUGCAUUGCCUUCAAUUCAUAUGGCACCAUUUCCAUGUCCUACAGUGUUUCAGCCACUCAGAUAACAACACCUGUAACAACUUCAACUUCCACAUGGACAAAAGCGGCAGGAUCUCCUUCUUCCCCCAAACAGAAGGGCAAGAGAGGGGGCAGUGGAGUGAUCAUUGCAGUCAUUAUCAUAUGUAUUCUACUGCUGGCUGUUCUGGGCAGUGUUCUCUACUUCCUCUACAAGACGGGCAAAAUUUCGUGUGGACGAUCUGGGAAGCAAGACCUCACUAAGGUAAAGCCGGGUAAGGAUGACAUGGUUGGGGAGAUGAAGACUGACAAGUCAGAGGAAACAGUGCUUUUACAGGGAAUCAACGGCGAUAAAAAGCUCUCCAAUGACCAGUGAAACAUGAGAGCUGUGGGUAUAUGGAAAAUGGACAGGAGACAGAUGCAGAGCGUCUGCUACAGUCUCUGUCCUGCCACACUCACUCAGGAUGGGACCCUCCAAAAGGGGGGUGGUGGUGGUGGUUGGGGGGGGGGCUUUUAGCUACUACUACCCAGGACUAUCAUAUUACACCCCCUCUUUCCCCUUCACCUUCAGCCAGGCUACAAUCUUAUUUAUCCAAAGAUCCUAUUGAAGGACUAGAUUUUUGGAAGAAAUUUUUAU